AUGAUACCCUCUAAGCUCCUCUCCAUCCUCGUCUGCGCGUUCCUCGUCGCCCAGGUUCUACCAUGCCUGGCUUCCCAGCAUAGCGUCGCAUCCGUCGCACAACGUCGCACACUCCCCCAGCGACGGUUCCUCGACGAAGCCGACGACCCGUACGCCGACCUGUACGACUACAAGGACUUCCCCACCGACGACGCGCCCGACGACGGUUCCGCUCUGGUCAUCAAGGGCAUUACAGACGAGAACCCCGACGGCGAAGGCGCCAGCGACACAGACGUCAGCGACAGCCGCGCCAACGGUCUUCUUCCGCUCGGCACGCACGGCGGCCGGGUGCCUUACCCGACUAAAGACCCGUCCCCGCCCACGAGCGCCAACGAUACGGACUCCGGGCGCGGCGUGGAGGGUAUUGCAGGGAGUGACGUGUGUGCUGACGGUGAUAGCUCGCCCGGCGAGAACCAGCAGAAGCAGGAGCAGGGUACGUCUGGCAGCAGCAAUAGCACCUCCAGCGGCAGCAGCAGCAGCAGCAGCAGCGGCAGCAGCGGAUUCAGCAUCAACGGCCUUCCCGAGGGCGCGUCGAUCGCGAUCGUGGUGGCGUGCUGUCUGGGCGGCAUCCUACUCAUCCUCGGGUCGCUCCUCGUGGCGCGCAUGUGUCUCGUCGGGCGCGUCGUGCCGUCCGGUGCCCAGCACAAGGGCAAGGCUGUGAUGAUAGAGGACGAGGAGGAAGGCCCCGGAUCGCCAUCGUCCAUCCGGACAGCCUGA